CAAUAAUGAUGGACAUUUAAGACUAACCCAGGAGAGAGGAGGAGAAAGGAGUUUUUCUUAUGAACGUGGCAUUUACAGGAGUUGUGCUACCAGGAAAAAAUUCUAUUUUUUUUAUUUUUUAUUUUUUCCAGUGUUUAUCAACCUAAAGGGUGAGCCAUGAGCAUCUCCGCCUGCCAGUGGACUACUCUGCGCCCGAUCAUCUUCGGCAGCCUAAUAGUUUUGUGUUUUCUGGGUCUUCUCUUCACAUACUACCAGCCUGAUAUCAAGUUCCCUAAUUUUGGCAUUUACCUAGAAAAAGGUCGUCAACUCUGUCCAGCAGUUCUGUGUGCAGAGAGCGCACAGACCCAGAACUCAACCACUGCAGUGGACACUGGGACUGACACCAUUGUUUUGAUCUGGAUGUGGCCAUUUGGUUCCAGACAUGACCUCAGCUGCAGUAUUUACAAUAUUGAAAGAUGCCACUUGACAGACGACAAGACUCUUUACCAUAAAGCCCACGGGGUUCUCUUCCACCACAGGGACAUACAUGGAAAUGGGGAAAACUUGCCAAAAGAGCCACGUCCUUAUUUCCAGAAGUGGGUGUGGUGGAAUAUGGAGUCCCCUGCAAACUCAGGUCAAAUGUCCAAUCUUAAUCACUUAUUCAACUUGACAUGCAAUUAUCGUCUUGAUUCAAAUAUUCCAGUGCCUUACGGGUAUCUGGUUCCAGUGACUCCUCAAGAUAAGAGUUUCAAACUGCCAGCGAAGGACAAGCUGGUGUGUUGGAUUGUGAGCAACUGGAAUGUACGAUAUCAGAGAGUUCAGUUCUACAAUGAACUGAAGAAACACGUCAACAUUCAUGCCUAUGGAAAUGCCUUUGGCCAACGCAUCAGUAACGAAGACUAUUCGAAGAUAGUUUCUAGUUGUAAAUUCUACCUCUCCUUUGAAAACUCUGUCUACAAAGACUAUAUCACAGAGAAAUUAUACAGUCCUAUGAUGAGGGGAAGUGUACCAGUAGUUCUGGGCCCUUCAAGACAAAAUUAUGAGGAUCAUAUCCCAGCUGACUCUUUCAUUCACAUCAAUGACUUUUCUACUCCAAAGGAGCUGGCAGAGAGGCUACUCUACCUAGACAAAAAUCAUUCUGAGUAUAUGAAAUACUUUGAUUGGACAAGUAGGUAUAAAGUUAAAUCUGCUUGGUUCGGAAAAGAACAUGCUUGCAAAACUUGUAAAUACUUACAAAACCACAGAGGGUACCAAGCUUUUCAUGGCCUCAACAAAUGGUACUGGGGUUAACAGCACUCUACCAAAAAGGAUAUUUGCUGAAUUACAUUUCAGUCUGUGACACAGGCAAUAACGAACUCAGGAUACCACACUGCCAGUUGUCUACAAACAAAACUGUACUGUAUCCAAAUAAUUUCAAAGGUGUUGUGAUCACUCAUAUAGAUGUUCUUUAUAUUUUGGGUUAAAUUUAUUUCUUUGCCUGGGCAGUCGCCACAAAAAAUACAUUGGCAUUGUAUGUUUCUGCAAAUCCCGAAUACACUACAUUUGAACAUUUAUCAUAUAAACGUUUCUAAAAUUAGGUAAAAAUUAGGCUGAAUUUGUCAUUGGGAGGUGGGUGGGAAUGUGGAUUGAAUGUCAUUGAGGCAAAAGUCCUGCCAAGCUACAGACCACUGUUCAAGACCAACAGACAAUAAAAUUGGUCCUUGGUGUGUAUCCAUUAUUUGCAUCAGCUUAUAGUGCCAUGAAAAGAGAUUGUUUUUUACCAAGACAUUGCUGCUUUUUAGUGGGGAUUGUUCCCCCAAACUCAUGUAUUUUAAUCCAAAACAUGAUCUUUUUCUUAACCACAACCAAGUGGUCGGUCAGAAACAUAUGAUGCCAACAUAUUUUUCUAGUGAUUGGGAUGCCUUUGCUCAGUGUCAUAAUGCAUGCAGCAGAGACAGUCUGCAGAACCUUGGAUUUUGUGAAUGUAGUUUCACACAAAUCCUUACAAUAGUAGACUUUCAGGACUAUGGUCUGCCACAUGAUUAUCUGGGCUAACAUUAUUCUCACAAACGCUGCAUCUGACAUUUGUUACAUAAUAAUACAUUUUAAUUGCUUUUCACAUAUUUUUCCAUGGGUGCUUCCAAUCCAGUGAAGGUAUAUGGAAUUUAAUAUCCAUUGUUUAGUGUUUUAAAACAUUACCUCAUCUCAGUGUCUCAGAGAUGUGUAUCUCAAAACCUGUCUAGAAGUAACAGAUAAUAUAUGUAUGUAUGUAUGUAUGUUUUCUUUUUUCUGUUUUUCUAAUUUGUGCGAACCCAACUGUUAAUUGCGAUUUAUGCAAAUGUAUAUAUGCAUUUGUGUUUUUCAUCAGGAGGUUUUAUGUGAAGAAUUUUCUAAGUAAAAGUUAAAAAGGUAUUUUCUCAUAUCAAAAAUCUAAUUUCUCAUAAACAAUUGCCACUCUUUAAUAUCAGAAAUUUAAAAUGUCAACUUUGAAUAUAUAAAUUAUGCUUCAAUGCCAGUUGUUCAUGUGAUAUCAAAAGUUGAAGCUGCAAUUAUGAACUAACUUUGACCUAAUGCUAAAAAGGUUUCUUUCCAUGGACAAAAACAUAGAGGUCAUUUGGUAUAUUUACUUUGCUGAUACAAAACAGUUCUUCUGUUCUCUUCCUGUUUUACGAGCAGCGACAAAAGGACUUUAUUCUUUACAGAAAGCCAAUAAAACAGCAUUUUAUAGCCAUCACCAAGUCAAUGAUUUACGUUAUGACUGCUGUUGGUAGUUUCUGGCACUCUCAGUGGACUUCCUUUUAUUUGGACAUUCAGAAAAUCUUGUUUCAUAAUAAGAAGUAUGUUGACCUGUUUAUCCAUUUUUUUAGCCGGGGGGGACAAAGGUGGUCAGUGGGAAAUAUUUUCCCCUAAAAAGUCUUUUAUGAAGACACUGAGGGGCCCAAUUUGGCUGUUGGGAAAAAUUAUGAUACACUGUUUUUAUGAAUACAGUAGUCAUGGUAGUCAUAAAACAUCCAAACACCUUACAUAUCUGCUUCAACAGGUUCUACUUCAGUGUCAGCAUUUUCUUUAACAUAGAUCCUCAUGGUUGUCUAUGCAAUCUUCAUCUUUGUCUCUGCAAGGUCUGCAAGUUUUCACUAAUAAAGAACAAAGAGAAGAAC